AAAUGAUUCUACACUUACAUCAAUUACAAAUAAAACAAAUGUUACCGAAAUGUUCGGGAAAUUGUAUUUAAUAUUGUCAACUAAACACUGUGCUUCAGAAUCUAUUAUUCAAACGUUUUUGCAAGGAAUGUCUUCAUCUUUGAAUUGUUGUUUUAUGAAAUUUCAUUCUUGCCUUGAAGAAUCAAACAUUCCUGCAGAAUAUAAAAGUAAAGUUUUAGAAAUGUUGAAGGAAAGUUUUAGUGGUAAUGCAGAUGCUCAUGAUGAGUCUAGGGGUGUUCUUAGAAACUCAUAUAGUAGAAAAGUUUUUUACGAAAAAAAUUUUAAUUAUAUAAAACCAAUUGAAUUUGAAUUUCCAAGCGACGAAGGUAAAAAAUUUGUGUACCACUAUGUACCAAUUUUAAAAACGCUGGAAAAACUAUUAAGAAAUGAGCUUGUACGUAAAUACUGCCUAAGUAAUGAAAUUCCAGUAAACGAAAAAGGUUUUUUCGAUAUUUCUGAUGGAAGUAUUGUACAAAAUAAUCCUUUCUUUAAAGAUAAUGCUCUUGAAAUAAUAUUAUUUCAAGAUGCGUUCGAAAUUUGUAACCCUUUAGGAUCCGCCAAAUCUAAAUACAAAAUUGUUGGGGUUUACAUGACUUUAGGUAAUUUGCCUUCUUAUAUGCGUUCCCAAGUAAACAGUAUUAAACUUGUAGCGUUAUGCAAAGAAAAAUUGGUGAAACAAUUUGGUUGGCAUUUGUUUUUAAAAAAUAUCAUUGAAGACUUAAAAAUUCUAGAAACAAAAGGGAUAAACUUUACACAAUCAGGUAUAAACUUUCACUUUAAAGGUAGCUUAUUAUUUAUGCUAGGUGAUGGUUUAGGGAGUCACGAUAUAGGAGGUUUCACUAAAAAUUUCAGUAAAUCGAAAUACUUUUGUCGAUUCUGUUUGAUAACUAGAGGAGAUUUGCUUUUAAAUAAUUAUGGUAUAAAAGAAUUAAGAACGCCUGAAAAUUAUGAAAAGUCAGCUGAAGAAGCAGAAAAAAGUCGAAAAAUUGUUCAAGGUAUUUGGGAAAAUUCGCCUUUAAAUUCUUUAACAAAUUUUAAAACAUGCAAACCAGGAUUGCCGCCUUGUGCAGCGCAUGAUAUAUAUGAGGGAAUUGCUCCUUAUGACUUGCUUUUGGCUAUUAAAUAUUUCAUUCAACAUCGCUGGUUUCAUAUUAAUGCACUUAAUUAUAAUUUGAGACGAGUUAAUUUGUCGACCGACACUAUGUCAGACAAAAUUCCCUUUAUCGAUGUAAAAAAAUUAAAAAUAAGUGGUAGCGCAAGUGAAAUCAGAAAAUUACUCCUGAUAUUUCCUGUAGCUGUUUGUCAUGCUGUUAAGGAUGCAGAGGACCCAGUCUGGAGAAUGGUAUUAAAACUCAGAGAGAUUUCUAGUUUUGCCUACGCUCCUGCUUUAUCCUUUGGACAGUUAGCUCAAUUUAAAGAAACUACAGAAGAAUAUAUGCAGUUAAGAAUAAAAUGUUUUCCUCAAGUGAAGUUACGACCAAAACACCAUUAUGUUGAGCAUUACUCAGACCUAAAUAAAGUAUUUGGACCACUGAAAUAUUCUUCAACAUUGAGAAAUGAAAGCAAACAUAGAUUCUUUAAAAAUCACAUAAAACAUUCCCUUAAUUUCAAGAAUGUAACAAAAUCAUUAGCUGAAAAACAUCAGAUGAAUGAUUUAUUACACAAAUUUGAAGAACCACGCGUAAUAAUUGAUGUUAGUGAAGAAUUACCUUUUAAUGUUUUUCAAUUUUUAAAUGAUGUAAUAGAAGAUCAUAAUUUAUUUGAAAACUCUGCAAGUAAAGUAACUUUUCGAGAUAUUCCUUAUAAAAAAAAUGACUGUGUGUGCAUUGGUAAGAGUGUGUAUGGAAAUUUCCAAAUUUGUAGAGUUAAUCACAUUUUAGUAGAGAAGAAUUUAAAUAAUUUGUUCUUUAUGGGUAAACAGUUCGAAGUUAUUGAGAAUGAUGAUUUAGGUGUACUAGAAAUUAUUCAUAAUGAAUUGCAAAAUUCUGUUCCACAAAAAAUUUUUCCAUUUUCUUCAUUAUUAUCUCCCGAUCCAUUUCCAGAAAUCAUUAUAAAAGCGAUUCCUAUUUUCUUACCGAAAUAUGCACCUUUUGAUCCAGAUUUAUAAAUGAAUGCCGAAAGUGUUCAAGGUUUGGACGCACGAUUGCCGUUCUAAAAAAGCAGUCGUCCUAACAAGUCUGGACAACCUUCUCAAAAAAGUUUUGAUAAAGGCAAAUGAUAAAUUACAAAUUGCUGGUACAUCUAUCGUGGUAGCAAAAGAUGGGACAGAGGUAGAUGAUGACGAAAUUUUAGAUGCGUUUCAAAAUGAUGGUGAAAUAUUCAUGAUCCUCCAAGAAAAUGAGACGUGGAGUCCGAUAUCAGAGGAAGGAAAAGACGACAAUUCGAAAAUUACAGCUCCAGUUAACACCAAUGAUACUUCUAAACAGGAUUCAUUGCAUUCGAGGCAGGAAACAUCUGAUUUUUCCGGACAACACGUUCAAGAAAUCCGUGAAAUUAAUGAUCCAGCAACAGAAAGGAAAUUAAUACAAGAGAGAAUAAUUCCUGAUAUUAAUAAUGACCCAAUUUUACUAGAAGAAGGAGAAGAAGAAGAAGAACGAAUAAAUCAUGCUGGCCCAUCAACACCAGAUUUCGAAAAUUCAUGUGAUUCUGCAAAUACGACCACGGAAAACGAGUGGAUGGACUUCAAAAUAGAAUGGAGGAAUAUCAGCACAAUCAAAAUCGAAGAAUGUGAAAAAUUAAUACGGAAUAUUAACGAAAACAAACUUACAGAAGGUGAAAAAGCUAAAUCAUUGACCAGACUAAGAACAUAUUUAAUAAAUGAAGUUGUUGAGCAAAUGCGAAGCAUUACCAAGGACAUUCCAAUGCAAGCUAGCAAGAUAGCAGCAAAACAACUAUUGGAUAAAUACCCACAGAUUUUUGAGGAUGUUAAUCAUAAAGGAGAAAGAUUAGGAAAUGGUUUCAGUUUAACUGCAAAUAAAAUUAAAAACAGAAAAAAUCUUUUGAAGAGACCUUUCGAAUAUCCAACUUUGUCAUCGACUCUUGGUAUAAAAACUAAAAAUUUAAGGAAGAGGCAAAUGGCUGAAGCUGGUUGCAUUAAAUGGCAACCAGAGUUAAAACUAACCCCACAACAACUACUUGAUAAAAAGUCAUUUCUUUACACUUGGGCGAAAGAAAUGCAAGGACAAGAAGUUGAAACAACUGAAGAAUAUAAAAAUAUGAGCAGCGAAGGAAAAAGGCAGAAAGCAGAAAAAGAAUUUUUAUUUACUUUCGCUAAUCAAAGACAUUUUUUAAAUAAUUUUGCCAGUCCACCAACAGCAACCGAAAUUGCCAAUAACUGGCCUAUUUUAUUGAUGAAAGAAUUUUUAUUAUGGCAUUAUAAAUUAUUAAUGGGUCACUCUAUUGAUAAAAUGUCUACAACUUUAAAUGAGGUGAACGAAAAAAUUUUUGCUUUUGGACAUUUUAAGAACAUCUCAUCCAACAAUGAAAUGACCGACGAGGAACUUUUUCGCAUUUUGGCGACAUUUUUCAAAGAGGACCAUGAUCUUUUAUUUAAAAAAUUACCGGAAGUAGAAUCCAUUAUCGAUUUAAGUAUUCCUAAUGACGAACAAUUUGCUUGGAUUGUUCCAAUAAACAAUAAUGACGGGUAUUUAUUCGGCAUUCAGACAAUCUUGGUUGAUGAAAACUGUACUUUUCUGAAAGCGUUGGAAUUACUGUUUGCAUCGUUUUUUGUUUUCAAUAAAUCUUUCCCAAAAACUAAUUCAAUAACAUUAGAUUUUGUCCAAAGAAUUGUAAUGGGCAUAGAUCCACAAAAAGGAAAUAAAGCCAAGGACUCGAAUACAUCGAGAAAUAAAGUAUUCAGUUUGACAAAUAAACUGAAUAACUUUAAAAUUAUAGAAAAAGUUACAGAAUAAUAUUAAAAGGGAUUUAAAAUGGAAAAGUAUUUGAAAAAUUAAUCAAAUAACUCUUCAUACUGCCUCAGAGAAUAAGAAAAAAAAGAAAUAAAUGAACAAGAUAAACUAAAAACCAGCUGAAGUAAAAAAUGCAAUUGAUAUUUGCACCUUAACUUAAAUUUUAUACGCCAACGGGAACAGCAGAAAAUUUUUCAACAAAUAAACAAAUAGGCAAAAAUUAAUAGCAGCUUGAAAUUCCACACAUAAAGAGAACCUGUUGGAAUAAAAAAUGAUGAAACUACUUUUUCGUCGGAAAAAAUUAAAUUUCAUGUAUACAAUGUUUUGAAAAAAUAAAUGAAUAUUAAUAAUAUAUUUACUGCUA